ACCUAUAGAGGAGUCGUGUCGAGUUCCCUUUGAAGUUUCAGCAAAAACGCUUUUCUUUCUUCUUCUUAUUCUCUGUUUCAUUCCUUAGCUUCAUCAUUAAACUUCAAUCUCAGACAUUUAUCGAAUAUUUUCUAUUUCGGGAAAGUAGUUUCACAUUAAAAUGGGAAAGCAAGCGGCGAAGAAGAAAACUCCGGAGACGCCAAAAGACGCUUCCGGCGGCGGAGGAAGGUCAGGUAAAACCAACCACCGUUCAACUUCAAGAGCCGUCGUCGACGAAGACAUGGAGAUAUUCAUCACCCUAGCACUCGAGCUCAGAGAAGAAGGUAACAAACUAUUCCAGAAACGCGACAACGAAGGAGCGAUGGUAACCUACGACAGAGCCGUGAAGCUUUUGCCUAAACACCACUAUAUCGACGUAGCUUAUCUGAGAACGAGCAUGGCUUCUUGCUACAUGCGAAUGGGACUAGGCGAGUAUCCUAACGCGAUUAGGGAAUGUAGUUUGGCUCUCGAGGCUUCUCCUAGGUACAGUAAGGCUCUGGUGAGAAGGUCUAGGUGCUACGAGGCGUUGAACAAGUUGGAUUACGCGUUUAGGGAUGCUAGGAUCGUGCUGAACAUGGAGCCGGAGAAUGUUUCUGCGAAUGAAGUGUUUGAGAGGGUGAAGAAGGCGUUGGUGGAGAGAGGGAUCGAUGUUGAUGAGAUGGAGAAGAGGUUUGUGAACGUGCAGCCUCUCGGCGCAGCGAGUUUGAAGAAGGUUGUGAAGAAGAGUAGUGGAAAAGUUGAGGAUGAGAGUCCAAAGGUUGUCAAGAGAGAAGAAGCAGAGGAGAAGAGCGAUGCCAAGUCUGAGAUUGAUGCAAAGAAACCUACUUUCAAGAAACAGAGGAAGACAAGUGGUAACAAGACAGGAGAAGAGAGGAAGAUGGAAGAUGUUGUCAUGGACAAAGAGGUCAUUGCCUCAGAGAUUGUGGAAGAUGCAACUGUUACUAGAACCGUUAAGUUGGUACAUGGAGAUGAUAUAAGAUGGGCACAGUUACCGCUAGAUUCUAGUGUCAGACUCGUAAGAGAUGUGAUCAAGGAUCGUUUCCCUUCUCUAAGAGGGUUCUUGAUUAAGUACAAGGAUCCAGAGGGUGAUCUGGUUACCAUUACCUCGACGGAUGAGCUGAGGCUAGCUGCUGCUUCUGAUCAUGAUAAACUUGGUUCCCUUAGAUUAUAUAUAGCUGAAGUUAACCCUGAUCAAGAACCAACCUAUGAUGGCAAGAGAUUGAGCAGUGAAAGCGUUGAAUCCGACAAAGCAGAGAACUGGAUCUUCCAGUUCGCGCAGCUGUUCAAGAACCAUGUAGGGUUUGAUUCUGAUUCUUACUUGGACCUCCAUGACCUAGGGAUGAAGCUCUACACAGAAGCGAUGGAGGAAGCAGUAACCGGUGAAGAUGCGGAGAAACUCUUUGAGAUCGCAGCUGAUAAGUUCCAAGAAAUGGGUGCGCUAGCUAUGUUCAACUGGGGUAACGUUCACAUGUCAAAGGCGAGGAAGCAAGUCUCUUUCCCCGAAGAUGCCUCAGUAGAAGCUGUAAUAGAAGCUGCGUUUGUGUGGACACUGAAGGAAUACAACAAAGCUGCAGAGAAGUAUGAAGAUGCUGUUAGGAUUAAACCUGAUUUCUACGAAGCUCUCAUCGCACUUGGUCAACAACAGUUCGAACAUGCAAAGCUUUUGUGGUACCAUGCACUCAGAAGUAAAGUAGACAUAGAAAGCGAGGUGUCUCAGGAGGUUCUUAUGCUUUAUAACAAAGCUGAGGAUAGCAUGGAGAAGGGUAUGCAGGUUUGGGAAGAGAUGGAAGAGCGUCGUCUAAACGGAAUCUCCAAGUACGAUAAAGAGAUGACACUGCUGCAUAAGAUGGAGUUGUUUAGCGAAGCUUCGGAUGAAGAGACUUUGGAGCAGGCAGCUAAUAUGAGUUCUCAGAUUAAUCUCUUGUGGGGCUCCUUGCUGUAUGAGCGGUCUAUAGUGGAGUAUAAGCUCGGGCUACUAACUUGGGAUGAAUGUUUAGAGGUUGCAGUUGAGAAGUUUGAACUAGCUGGAGCUUCUGCUACUGAUAUAGCUGUGAUGGUAAAGAAUCAUUGUUCAAGCGAGAGUGCACUUGAAGGUAUGGGGUUCAAGAUUGAUGAGAUAGUACAGGCAUGGAAUGAGAUGUAUGAUGCCAAAAAAUGGCAGAACGGUGUCCCAUCUUUCAGGCUAGAACCGAUGUUCAGGAGACGAGCUCCAAAACUGCAUGAUAUCUUAGAGAAUGUAUUUUCUGGGUCAGCUUGAUGAAAAUUCGUCUCAGUAUAUGUAUCAUCAACAGCCAGUAGGCACUUUGUUUUGUUUGGGAGUGGUGUUCAUUUUCCUCUCCUCCUAUUUUGGUUUGGUUUGGUUUAGUCUCAUCUUUCAAAAACAAAUAUAUAAUUUUUUUGGUGGAUAUUAUUCUUGGCCUCUGCGAUAUUCAUGUGGUAGGCUGAGACUGAUUAGGAUUCAGUCCAGAGUAGAAGAAGGUUAUAGAUGGUGAUAACUCUUCUCUUCAGAUUUGAUACAACAUAUUGGUUAUAUGUUCCUGUUUGUUUUGUUUGUUUUCUUAUUGUAAUCAUUUUUAUUACUUGUUGAUUUUGGAAUAGUGUCUGUUAAAUGUGUGUUUGUGUGAAUAUUUGUUGUACUCUGACUUCAGAUUGUUUUAUUUAUAAAAAAAAAGAAUGAAAAGGUUAUUUCUCAGAUUACUAUCAAUGGUCAAGUCCAAUGUAACCAGAGAGGUAGAACAAUAGCAAGAGGUCACUGUACAAAACUGCAUAGUCGCCUAAAGCUGCUUCCUGC